CUGAAUCUGCAUCUUAUUUUUUUUAUUAGAGCUGCCACCAUGUCUUCUUCUUUGAUUCUUAUAGGAGUUCUCUGCAUUUUAGGAGCAAAUGGUUUUGCUUCUGCAGGGAAAGCAAGGCUGAAACAGGUACCUAAUGCUCCAGAGCCCAUUGACUGCUUGUUGACUACUUGGAGUGCUUGGGGGCCAUGUAGUCCAUGCUCAAAAGAAAGAUACCGCUCAAGGAGUAUUGUGAAGUUUGGACAGUUUGGAGGAAAGCCAUGCACAGCAGCCCUGAGUGAUAGAGAGCCCUGUGAGACAAAAACUCUGUGUCCAGAUGAGAGAGGUCAUUGUGGGAAUCAAGAGUUUGAAUGUGAAAAUGGAUAUUGUCUAAAGAAUAGGUUGGUGUGUAACACAGAAGAUGAUUGUGGUGAUUUUUCUGAUGAAGAUGGUUGUGAUGAAACCAAACGCCCACCCUGUCGGGAUCGUGACAUUGAGGUAUCAGAAUUGGGAAGAACAGCUGGCCAAGGUGUGAAUAUGCUGGGAAUGAAACCGGCUCAAAAAGCACUUUACAAUGAGUUCUACAAUGGCAUCUGUGACAGAGUCCGUGAUGGGAACACAGCCACUUAUUACCGCAAGCCAUGGAAUGUGGCUGUCCUCAAUUAUGACACAAGAGCAGACAAAAAAUUUACAAGUGAAUUCUACAGCGACCAAGGAACAACAAUGACAAAAAUAAUCAGUACAGAAUCACAAUCUCUUGAUGUGAGCUGGUCUCUUCAACUGAAAUCAACUUCGUUCCCUGCAUCCGGUGGUGUUGAGGGAGGUGUAAAUUUUGCCAAAUCAUCAAGUCUGAGUGACUUCUUAGAGAAAACCAAAGGAAAGAGUUAUGUAUAUUUACAUGUCAAAUCUAAUAUACAACUGGGAACUUUCCAAUUACGAAAACGCAAUUUGCGCUUGAGUGAGACAUUUUUGGAAGAUCUAAAGCUUUUGCCCAGUAGCUAUGAGAAGGGAGAGUAUUUUACAUUUCUGGAAACAUAUGGAACUCAUUAUUCACAUAGAGGAAUCAUUGGCGGAAAAUAUGAACUAAUAUAUGUGUUGGAUAACCAAACUAUGACAACAAAUAAGGUCACUACAAAAGAAGUAAAUGAAUGCCUAGGCUUUAAUUUAGAUAUUGGUGCCAAUAUAAUGUUCAUAGAAGCCAAUACAAAGGUUAAACGUGAAAAAUGUAAAAAUGAAAAGUUGGAAAAUGGUUCUACUGAUGACAAGAGUGGAAUUAUCCAAGAUGUAGUCUCCUUAAUUCAAGGUGGGACAACAGCCACUUUAACAAAGUUGAAUGAAUUGCUUUCUUCAAAUGUCAAGGCCGUUGAUGUAGAACAGUAUGUUGAAUGGGCUGCUACACUACCUCAGGCUCCUACAGUGAUCAGUCAAGAGUUGUCCCCAAUUUCCGAACUUAUCCCACUGAAUAUCCCAGACUCCCGAUUAAAGAAAGAAAAUCUGAACAGAGCUGCAGAAGAUUAUGUGGCUGAAUACAGCGUAUGCAAAUGUCGGCCUUGUUUACAUGGUGGAACAGCAAUGCUGAUAGAAGGAAAGUGUGAAUGUGCCUGCACUCCAUUUUACAAGGGAGAAGCCUGUGAAAUACCUGCUUCAACUUUCAUACCAGCUGAAACAGCCAUUCAUGGGAGCUGGAGCUGCUGGUCUAGCUGGUCCACCUGUCAGCAAGGACAACGCCGGCGAACAAGAAAAUGUGAUAAUCCUGUCCCUGGAUUUAGGGGCAAGUCAUGUCCUGGAGCAAACUUAGAACCAGGCUAUUGUUAAUUGCAGAAGACUACUAACAGACAUAAUCAAUAUUGACGAUUGAUGCUCCACCUAAACAAUGGCAAACAGAUUUUUCUAAGUUUGUAUGGCAAGGAAUAAAAACAAGAAUUAAAAACAACUUGUUGCAAGAUGAUAAAAAAAA